AUGCCAUCCCCAAGCACCGUUAAGGACGAGCCAACUGAGGAGACGGCCAUCUCCGACGAGGUAGCACCGGCGCCCGCUGGCGAUGUCGACAUGGCCGGCACCGAGGAGAACGCCGAGGAGAGCAAGGAAGACACCAAAAAGGACAUCAAGAAGCUGGAGGAUCUAUUCGACGAUGACGAUUCGGAUGACGAGUUUCCCAGUUCUGCGCCUAUCCAACCAAGCUCACAGGUGGCACCUCCCGGAGUGACGUCGAAUGCGUCCGACCCCGAAGUUAUGCGCAGUUUCUACCAGCGCCUAUUCCCCUGGCGGUACCUGUUCCAGUGGCUCAACCACAGCCCGACGCCCACCAACGACUUUGCCAACCGAGAGUUUGCCUUGACCCUCCAGAACGACGCCUACCUUCGAUACCAAUCCUUCACGACUGCUGACCUUCUCCGUAAAGAUGUUCUCCGUCUGAUGCCCUCCCGUUUCGAAAUCGGCCCCGUCUACUCUGCCAACCCCCGCGAUCGCAAGACCGUCAAGAUUAAGCCAAUUGCCAAGGAGCUGUGCUUCGAUAUCGAUUUGACAGAUUACGACGAUGUGCGAACAUGCUGUACCAAGGCGAAUAUUUGCAUCAAGUGCUGGCAGUUCAUGACAAUGGCAAUCAAGGUUGUCGACGCCGCCCUGCGCGAGGACUUUGGUUUCAAGCACAUCAUGUGGGUGUACUCCGGCCGAAGAGGCGCCCACGCCUGGGUGUGCGACAAGAAGGUGCGGAGUAUGGAUGAUCAGAAGAGGAGGGCCAUUGCUGGUUAUCUGGAAACCGUGAAAGGAGGUGCUCAGAGCGGCAAGAAGGUCAACCUGAGGAGACCAUUGCACCCUCAUCUGGCCCGAAGCCUUGAGAUCCUAAAGGACCAUUUCCAAGACGACGUUCUAGCGGCACAAGACCCCUGGGAGAGUUCUGAACAGGCUGAGAAGCUUCUACAACUCUUGCCGGACCGCAACCUCAACGAAGCUCUUCGCAGGAAAUGGGAUGCUGCCCCUGGUCGCGCCUCUACUUCAAAAUGGGCCGACAUCGACGCCAUGGCCAAGACGGGUGCCAGCAAGAACCUUGACGCCAGGGCUCUCUUGGAAGCUAAACAGGAUAUUGUCCUGGAGUACACGUACCCAAGACUCGAUAUCGAGGUCAGCAAGAAGUUGAACCAUUUGCUCAAGAGCCCCUUCGUUGUGCACCCCGGCACUGGACGGGUGUGUGUGCCAAUCAACACCAAGCAUCUCGAAGAUUUUGACCCCUUUGAGGUCCCAACGGUGCAGGGGCUCCUUGAGGAGAUUGACGCUUGGAAGGAUGACGGCGAGGAAGAGAAUGCCAAGAACCUGUCUGAUUGGGAGAAAACAAGUCUGAAGCCGUACAUUGACCAGUUUAGGCUGUUUGUGAACGGCUUGAUGAAGGACGAGAGGGAUGUGAGGGUGAAGAGAGAGAGGGAAGAGGACUCAAUGGAGUUUUGA